UUUAACAAAUCCUAAUGAACUUUAUCAACAUGUACCCAUUACAUCUUCAAAUUAUGAGAAAUUAGAAUUUUCCAUAUGAAGAUGAACAGUGAAGUUAAAGUGUCCAGACGGUAUCGUCGUAAUGGAACCGAGGAUUCAAUUAUUAGUGUGGACAUUAUUGAAAACGGUGACUUUAAAUAACGCCAAUAAUUACAGCCAAGCGUAUAAUGCGACGGGAAAUUCUUCGGAUUAUGCGUAUUACGAGGAAAAUUUUUUAGAAACUAAGAUGUUAGCCGACGUCUGCUCCGAAGACAUUUUGAAGAAACUGAAUGUAAUUUUUGAAGGAAACAGAAGCCAACAGAUUUACGUAGAAAGUCUUUCGGAGGGAUGGAGCGAGGAAUUCUUGAAUUGUCCCCAUAUUGCGCUGGAUUCGACCGAAUUCUGCGCUAUCGAUAAUACUACCUUGUACAUAGCCGAGUAUUUAACUGUAUACGAAGCUACCGAUUAUUAUACCGAUGGUAAGAUAAUGUUUGUGUGCGCGAGAAAGGAAAUGAUAGAACAAUCCUCCACCAACGAAAAGUUUGAAAUUAUAACUAAUAUAGGAAUAUCGUUGUCAAACAUAUGUCUGGGACUUCACAUAUUGGCCUUCGUUUGUAUUCCCGAAAUGAGAAAUCUCUCGGGUAAAAAUUUGUUUUCUUUAACGAUUGCGGUAUUUUUUAGUUUUAUGUUUUUUAUGAUUAGUUCUAACGUGAAAUUUAGAGUAGCUUGCGUAAUAUUUUCGGUGUUAACUUAUUAUUUCUUAAUAUCUUCCUUUCUGUGGAUGAGUGUCAUUGGAUUCGAAAUAUGGCGAUCUUUGAAAACGUUAAGAUACGAAACCGGAUUUUAUGCCAAAAAUAAAGAGUUGCAGAGAUAUUUACAAUAUUCCGUUUUUGGAUGGGCCACUCCGGUUUUAUUAGUUUUGAUCAUUCUCAUUAUCGACAACUCCCCCGGCGUGAAAGGAGAUUUUAGACCCGCUCUAGGAGAAAAACGAUGUUGGUUCAAUAGUAUGACUCCUUUUCAUAUAUUUUUCUUGACACCUCUGGUACUGGUAAUGGUUUCCAAUCUAGUUUUCUUUAUCUGGAGUUCGUAUAUUAUAUGCCACACCGAUAAAAUGUCGAAAGAUAAACGUUUCAACGUGUUAAUGAAAAGAUGCGCUUCGUACUUUCGGUUAUUUGUAGUAAGUGGUUUAACUUGGAUAUCCGGUAUCGUUCAUUUCGUUAUACAGUCCACGGCAACCGCUUGGAUUUUUGUCGUAUUUACUUCGUUCUACGGCAUAUUUGUUUUCAUUUCGUUCACAUUGACCAAGAAAGUCCUUAAAAAGUUGAAGACUAAGUGUCCUUUGUUGGAAAAAUGGUUGCCUUCCGCCGGUGCCGCUUCCGAAACCGAGGAAAGUAAGACAUGAGCGAUUUGCGGGAUCGAUAAUUGUCGUUUUGUUUACAUCUUAUUCGACGGUUUUAUUAAAUGGAAUAGUUAUUAAUAGGAAUUUGGUAACUCAUUUACGCAUUACUCGAUAUAUUAUUGUUAUUAUUUGGUUGGAAAUAUAAUCUUAAACUUAAAUCGAUGUUUUAUUUCGCACGCCAUUAUGUAUAUUAUGACAUUGGCCACGCAAUACGAAAUUAAAUGUACUGUACGUAUGUAGAGACGUAUCAUAUUGUUAUAAUAUAAAGACGAAUAUUUAGCCUACGUGUUGUUUGUAGAUAUUAAAAUGUCAAAUAAUCGAAAAUAAAAUUGUUAUAAUUAUGAAUUCGAUUUUAACUGGAAAUAUAUUUCGAUAAACAUUUGUCUGGCUGUAUAAACGAGUAAAAAAGAAUAAAUCUUAUUUACAAACGAAGUUCGUCGUUGAUUUAAUAAGAUCUUACGAAACCGUCUCCGCACCACCUUUCACGCGACAAUUAUAGCCUAUAUUGCGAAGACGGAUAUAAAAACAAAAUAUUAAAUCGUUAAAAUGAUUUAACUUCAAUUAUAUACAGCAGAUGGACGCGUUUGUCCCACAGAUUGUACCGUACGUACCGUACCUUCGCCACUCGGCCAGGCUCGAACCAUGGCGCCUUUCUCAAAUCUGUCUUGGGCGGCAUCGUCUACGGGAUAAGAGCUUUAUUUUAGUAGGCGAACCUUAUUUUUAGCCCCAGCCAUUUACUCCGACAAACCGAAAUCCUCUUUCGAUUAGUCUCCGAGUUUAUAAGGCCAUUCCGUAAUUAAACGCGCU